CGCAGCUAUAAAUCCAUGUGAAUCGCGUUCGGAAAUAAUCGUACCAAAAUCAAAAUAAUAAUAAUAAAUUAAUUAUUUGCAAUGGCAAACACUGUGGAUACACUUGUGACCAAAUCAGCAAUAACAUGUGCAGCUGAUAAAUUCUUCAAUUUUUUUAAGCUGAAUAUGAACAAUCUCGUCAAUGUGUGUCCGGCAUUCGUUACCGGCGUGGAUGUUAUUGAAGGAGAAGAAGGAAAGGUUGGCUGUGUCAAGCGCUGGAAGUAUAUUCUUGGUGGGAUUCCAUUGAGUGCCACAGUGAAAAUAGAGGCAAUAAGCGAUGGGGAAAAAUCCAUCACAUUCGCAGUUUUGGAAGGUGAUCUUUUGUUACUGUACAAAAGCUUCAAGGUCACGCUCACUGUUGGGGAAGGAUUUGCCACGUGGACUUUUGCCUUUGAGAAAAAGACUAUUUUGACCCCACCUCCGGAGCUCUAUGUUCCCCUUGUGAUAUCAAUCUGCACCCUUGUGGAUGCUUUUCUUCUCGUCAACUAAGAAGAAGCUACACUACAAGAUGAAGCCAAGCACACCAUCUAAUAAUAAUAAUAUUCUAUAUAUAAGUCUUAAAAUAAAUGCGAUUUGGAUAUCGUUUGUGUGUGUGUGUGCUUGGUUUAUGGUUUGUUUGAGCUGGUAAUUUCCUUUUGGUAUGUUUUGACCAAAAUGGUGUGGCCAAGUCUCGAGUUUUAUGGAAUAAAGAUUUGUAUUCGAUUGCGCGAUUGCAUUUCAUCUUUUGGUGUGUCCUUGUAUCCUCAGUUCAAUAUUUUAUGGAACACCCUUUAAUCUCCAAGUUCAAUGGUGUAUACUGGUCGAGCAGUAGUUUGGACGGGUAUUUACUAUAAUGAUAUUUUUAAAUAUUAUAAAGUAUUUUAAUUUUAAGUAACA